UUUCAGUUCACUUUUGGAACCAGUAGUCUUCGAUGGGCUGAAAUAAUAUUUUUAUUUGGUUCUCUUUCAUAUCUAUCGGUUUUUAAAUUUUUACUUUAAGUACAGUGAAACAUUCUUUUUAACGGCAUAAAUAACAAAUUAUCUUUUCUCCUGGAAUAGGCGUUAAACGCUUCUAAACUUCAUUAUAACUCAAAGUGCAAAAAAGAAACACAAAAAAGAGAUGUAAUUAAAUAAAAUUUUACUGAAUGUUUCGUUAGCAAAUAAAACGAAGAAAAAUUAAGCUAAGCAGAUGGACAUAAAUAUGGGACACACUGAACAAAAGUCAUACGAAAAAUCUACUCCUAAAAAUGGAAGGACAAAGAAAAAAAAAUUACAAAAUAAGGAAAAAAUAUGGUUGUUUUAUUAUUAUAAAUAAUAUUAGAAAAAAAUAUAAUAAUAAGGAAAAUCUUAUUAAUAGAAAUAAAAAUAUGAAAAGUAACAUUUAUAUUAAUAGCAAAUAUAUUAAUAACAAUGGUAAAAAUAAUACAAAUAAAAAUUGUUCUAAUAACGGAAAUAGUUUUAUAUUUGAAAAGAGUAAAAAAGAUUUUAACAAAACUAACCUUAGUAAUAGUAUAUCUAGUGAAAAUAAUAAAAAUGAAAAUAUGAUUUACAUUCAAAAAAAUGAAAAUUUAAAAGCAAAUAAUAAUAAUAAUUAUAAUAACAGAUAUAAUAAUAGUGAAAUUUCGAGCAAAAAUAUUAAUAAUAAUAAAAUGAAUAUUUACGAGAGAAAUAUAAAAUCCAAAAAAAAUAGAAAUAUAUACGACAAAAGAUUAAAUUUUAAUUAUUUUAACACAUAUGAAAGUGGUAACAAUAAGAUUUAUAAAAGUCAUAACAAAAAUAUUAAAAACAAUGCAAAUAUUAACCGUAAUCAAAAUUUCCAUAAAAAUAUAAUUCAGAAAUAUAGUCUCAAAUUUAUGUACGUUUUGUUUGUAUCUAUAACGUUAUUCAAUAAAAUUUCUGUAAAAGCAGUAAAUGGUGAACAUUUACAGCAUGAAACAACACCUUUGUUAUCAUCAUAUUCUGUUAUUAAAAAUAUAUCAGAAAGAAAUAAUUUUGAAGUUGUACAAAUUAACACACACCAUCAGGAUUUCAAUAAUAAAACAACAAAACAAUAUAAUUCGACUAUCAUCAAAUCAUCUCUGCUUUUAUCUUCAUCUGCAUUAUCAUUGCUAUCAACUGAAGAAGCUUCGGGAAUGAUUUUAACUGAAGAAUUAACAGAAAUUAAAAUUUCGAAAAAUGAAAUAACUACAAAAUCACCGGCCUUACAGCAUUAUUUUACUUCGAAAACAUCAAUUUCACCUUCAUCUUCAACUUCUGCCCCGUUAUCAUCUUUAACAGUAAUUGAAACGACUCCACCAUCAAGAUUAUCAGUUGCGACGGAUACAUCAAUUGCAACCGAACAUACAACAAAUGAUAAUAAUAACGUUAACGGUUGUUAUUCAUGCCAAAUGUUAGAACAAAUUAAAUUGGAUAAUAUAGAAUCAAUAAAAAGGCAUAUUCUUCUCAGAUUAAAACUAAAAGAAAUACCGAAAGUUUCACCAGCAUUUCGUUUAUCAGUACCACCAGAAAUAAUUGAAUCUUUUUAUAAAGACUAUAAAGUUGAUGAAAGUAGCGAUACAACGAAAUCAGAAGGUUUUGAUGAUGAGAAUGAUAUUUAUGAUGAAUUUGAAUUUGAUAAUGACGAUUAUGUUAGCGAUGAACCAAAUAUCAAACAUGAAUUUUAUUCAAUUGUAAAUAGUUUAUAUGUAUUUCCAACCAAAUUAACAACCCAUCAACAUCGCAAAUCUGAAAUUUUAAAUUUUUCAAUACAAAAUAAUGAAAGUUCAACUAUCUCCCAAGCAUUUCUAUAUAUUUUCAUAAGAGGAAAAGAUUGGAUACAGAGAAAUGAACCAAAUAUUUUUCAAAAUAGGUAUAAUAAAAUAGGUAACGAUAAUAAGAACAGCAUUAAUAACAAUAAUAGAAAUAAUAAAAAUGACAAAAUCAAUAAUAAUGACAAUAGUAAUAAUAAAAAAAAUAUUUCAGCAAGCAAUAUUUAUAAUAAUAAUAACAACAAUAAUAAUAGCAAUAAUAGUAAUAGUAAUAGUAAUAAUAAAAAUGAACAUAAUACUGAUAAAAUUGGCAAUAAUAGCAAUAUAACUAAUAUUACUGGCAACGUAUUCAAUAAUUACAAAUAUAACAGUAGUAUAGUUGAUGUUUAUAACAACAAAUAUAAAAUUAUUAAUUAUAAUUAUACUGAUACUAACAGCAGCGAAAAAUAUCAUAAUGAUAAUAAUAAUAACAAUAAUAGUAACAGUGAUGAAAGAAGAAUACAUGUUAAUGAUGGCAAUAUUAACGAAAGUAUGAGUAAAAAUAUUGAAAAAUUUAAAUACAUUAAUAUUUUAAAAUAUAAUAUCACCAAGAACAAUCUAACUAGUAAUAAUAAUUAUGAAUCUGAUGAAAAUUAUAAUGUCUUGAAUAAUUUUAAUAAGAGUAGGAAUGGUAUAAAUAUCACUGAAAAUAAUUUUAAUAAUACUAAUAAUAACGAUAAACACAAUUAUAACUCGAAUAAUCAAAAUGACGGUAUUCAACGGACAAAUUUAAAUACUAGCAACAGUACUAACCUUUUUAAUGGAAAUCAUACAGAAAAGGAGAAUAAUAACACCGUUAGUACAGAUAACACUCAUAAUUGUAAUGACAGAAAUAUUGAGAAUAACAAUAAUAGUUUUAAUAAUAAAAGUAAUAGUAACAAUGAUAAUAACAAUAAAAAUAAUAAAAGUAGUGACUAUCAUGGAACUAAUCACUAUUAUAAAAAUGGAAACAAUAUUUAUUUUAAUAACAGCAAUAUAUACAGCCGAAAUAGUAAGAAAAAUAAUUUUAAAAGCAAUAAACAUAAUAACAAUCAUAAUAAUAACAUUCAUAAUAAUAUUUACAUUAUAUUAACAAUAAAUAAAGUAAUAUUACGUCAAAAUUUUACUCAUACUUUACAAGUUGCUAAAAAAUAUUGUAAAAUACCUAACGGAGAUGGGCAAUGGUUCCGUGUGAAUAUCACCGAACUUGUACAAACCUGGGCAAGUGAUCCAAGUUUAAAUCAAGGUAUUGUCAUUAAAACAUUGGAUACAUCAUUGAAAUCUUUAGUGGUAAUUGACGAUACUACAAAUGAUAAACGAAAUGGAGUUUAUAUAAAAAUUCAAACAAAAAAUAAUCGACAACGCCGUUCGAAACGUAAUACAUCCCUGAACUGUUUGGAGACUGAUAAAGAAGAACGUUGUUGCCGUUAUCCAUUGGAAAUAAAUUUUCAAAAAUUUGGUUGGGAUUGGAUCAUAGCACCGACAACAUUUAGUGCAUAUUUUUGUAGUGGACAAUGUAAAUUAGGUUAUAUACAAAAAUUUCCACAUACACAUCUAAUGCAACUUAGUACAGCACCGCAACCAUGUUGUUCACCAUCAAAAAUGAGCCCUAUAAGAUUAUUAUAUUUUAAUCAUGAUAAUAUAUUAGUUAUGAGCACAAUACCAAAUAUGUCAAUAGAUCAAUGCAAUUGUUCAUAACUAAUAUUUAUAAGUUUAUAUAUAUAAAUAAUUAUAUUUAAUUUUAAAUCUUAUAGUAAAUAUUAUAUUAUAAUGUAAUGUAAAAAUUUGGCCAGAACUCAUAGUUGUAAUACAUGAAUACGCGUAUGUUAUUAUUGUACAAAAGUACUUAUAUAUAUAUAUAUAUAUAUACAUAUAUAUAUAUAUAUAUAUAUAUAUUCCAAUAAUAUGAGUAUUUAAAAAUACUAAAAUCAGAAAACACAAAAAAAAUGAUAAAACAUUAAAAAAAAAAAAAAAAAAGAUAAAAGUGGAAACUAUUUUUUAAUUCUGCUAAUUCACGCCAACAACAUAACAAUCUUCACAAUUUCUUAUUUAAAAAUUUAUGUAUAUGAUAAUUUAACUUUUAUACAUAAUAAGCUAUACGUAAUUUAAUUGUGAUGAAUUGAAAUGGGCUGAAUCAUUAAUAAUUAUAUAAAAUUAUUCACUUUAUUUAAACUAAUUUAUUAUUGAAAGUUACGACACAAUUUUCAAAAUGCAUUGAAAUCCCAUUAGAUAUCCAAACAAUAGGAUUUAUAAUAAAUAUUUUCCAGAAAAAUUGUUAACCUUUUCUAAUUUGGGAAUGAAAUGUAUUUUAUAUAAAUACUAAUUAGUUAACUUUCUAUAAGUAAAAAUGUAAUAUUAUUUAUUUUAAUUUUGAAACACUGGUAAAAUUCAUUUAUGAUUUAUUAUGGUAAAAUUUUUUAUUCGAAAUAUUUUAUAACCCUUAUUCAUAAAGGAAUCCAUACUAAUAUUCGAUAAAAAUAACUUAUAUAAUAAAUUGUAAGUGAAAAUCUUUUACUGGUUCUUUUAAAAUUUAUUUUUAAUUAAAAAGAUCUAAAUUUUCCUUUUUGGAAUUGUCCAAAGAAAAAAUCAAAAGCAAUCAAAAGAAGGACUUUUUUCAAAAUUGAUAAUUUCGAGUUUUUUAAGCCGAAAUAAAUUUUAUAAAAUAAAAACAAAAUUAUUUUUCGGAACAUAUAAUUUAGAAUUUCAAAUUUUUGUAAUUUACAAGCCCUUGUAAGUAAACAGCUUAUAAAAAGACUAUAAGAUUUUUUUUUAAAUAAAACUAUAGUUCUGUUUUAAAGAAUGUUCUUCAAGUGGUAAUAUUUUUAUUUCUUGUAAAUGUAAAAUUUGUAAUUCUGAAUUAUACUGAUCCCAUUUAUUAAAAUUUAUUUAAAAAAGAAAAUUUUCUUAAGGAAGAUCCUAGAGAAAAAUCAAAGACUUAAAUCUCUGGAUUUAAUUUUUAUUGCAAUUAAAUAAACUUUAUGUAUGUACG